ACUUAUAUGUAUGUGUGCAUCGUUUGUGUGUGAUUUACAUGUACAUGUGUAAAUGAGUGUAGUUCUAUGUGUCGAAAAUACAUACUAUAAAUUAUUAAAGCGUUUUAAACAGCAAAUUUUACCUCCGUUGUGUUUAUUUAUUAUUUUUUGCUAACAAAGAAAGCUGAAUUCGGCAGCAAAUGUCAGGCGUGGAUCAGAAAAUAUCCGGAACUGCAGCAAAAUCCGUUGAGGAGCGUAAUAUACCAUGGAGCCAACAAGUUGAUGAAGCCUCCUAUGAAAAUCUAUCUUCUCCAGCAAAUGAUGACAAUUCUGGCAAUCAAGGCUCAAUGCAAUUUCAAUUUCCACCAUUUAAUGUAAAAGAGAAUAACAGUUUACCACUGACUAACGCGGGUAAAGGACGUAAAUCAUCUCACAAUGAUACAAAGAAAAAACAUGGGAAUCCCAGUUCUUACAAUUCUAAGCGCGACGAUAACCAUUUAAAUGCUUGGAAUUCCAGAAAACUUUUUACCGAAAGUUCUGCGCCUCCUGUUCGGAUAAAUCAAAACAACAAUGGGCAAUCAUCAAAAUUGGACAAUCGCACAAGCGAAUCUGUGGAUGAAGUUAAGAUACAUGCAGUAAGUGCUGCGCCAAAAAAGACAACAUGGGCAUCAAUAGCUUCGCAGCCAGCAAAACCAUUAUCGAAAACCAUAUAUACUGCUUCCAGCCAUAAAAAGAAGGGCCCGGGCAUGCCACCACCCCCAAUGGUACCAGGGAAACAUAAUUUAGAUGUCAAUGUAUGGGAAUUGCCAAACAGUAAUCCACCGCCAGUACCAUCCCCGCCUUUACCAAUUGAUUUGUCCAGUUCGGAGCAUAAUUUUUCUGUACCGACUAGCGAAGAACCAACUCCAGGUGCACGUCCUGAAAAGGACGAAUGCCACAGGUUGCCCAGCAAUAGUAAUUUUGGGAACGUUAAACCUUCCCCGAAUGGUCAACACCGCAAAAACUGGGCUGCACAGCAGCAGCAGCAUCACCAACAGCCAGCUCAUCAUCAAGAAUCGCGACAAGCUAGCAGCUCAUCUCAGCAAAUUAAUCGGCGAAUAGCCCCAGUCGCGUCGCAGAAUAGAUAUAACGAUCGUAAAGGAAAUUUUUCUCGUAAUGAUUUUGACAAAAACCUAAAGUAUGAAAAUCGGGAUGAAAAUAUUCCACUUGUUGCACAAAGUGCGUCUGUACCUACAGAGGUGACUGCUGACCCGCAAAUAUUAUUGGACGAAUUGAAAGACAAGAAUAAUUAUAACCCUUCGGAUAUUGAUUUAGAUAAAGCAGCAUCCGCACGAUUUUUCGUCAUAAAAUCUUAUUCUGAAGAUGACAUUCAUCGCAGUAUAAAAUAUGAGAUCUGGUGCUCAACAGAUCAUGGUAAUAAGCGCCUGGAUGACGCGUUUAAGGAACGGCACAAAGAAGGCGGCAAUAUUUUGCUUUUCUUUUCGGUUAAUGGCUCUGGCCACUUUUGUGGCAUGGCACAAAUGAUGACUUCGGUGGAUUAUAACUCUACAUCCAGCGUUUGGUCGCAAGACAAAUGGAAAGGGAAGUUUAAAGUAAAAUGGAUAUAUGUGAAAGACGUGCCUAAUGGAAAGCUUCGACAUAUUCGACUCGAAAACAAUGACAAUAAAUCAGUGACGCAUUCAAGAGAUACGCAGGAGAUACCAAAUACAAAAGGCAUUGAGGUGUUGCAAAUUCUGCACUCUUAUAGACAUUCAACAUCUAUUUUUGAUGAUUUUUCCCAUUACGAGAAGAAGCAGGAAGAGGAAGUUUCGUCGAAGCGACCAACGAUUCAUGUUGCGGAUGGCAAUAACCAAGCUCAAGUACCAAUCAUCCGACAUUAUAUCCGUGAUAACGAAGAUAGAGAAAGGGAACGAGACGUGCGAGAUGUGCGAGACAGUCGUAGCUUAACUAAUAAUAUGACUCAAAAGAAUUUUUUUACUGGAGGAAAUAAUUUCCGCGACCGGAAUCCGAUACAUAAAAGUGGCAGCGGAUCCGGAAACUAUCAUAGUAGCUAUAGCGACUAUCGACGGGGCUUCGAUUGUCAGCGAACAAUAAGCGGCGAUUAUGUAUCAAAGGAUAGGGAAAAUGUGCAAAAUGAUAGAGAGAAUCAUUUUGGAGCGCGCCAUGGGUCUAACAACAGAAGAGACGACCAUCCACAUAGCCAUUCAAUUAAACCCAGAUUACAUAAGAGGGAUUUCAAUGAACAAACGAAAAGUGACGUCCGAUUUAGAACUGAACUGUCGACAUCAAGGGAUUUACCAAAAACAAAUGAAAAUGAUAGAAUGAGAAACACUGACUAUUAAGGACUGAGCUGCGGAAAAUAACAUUUUCAAUGAUGUCUGACGGACGUUAUAAAGAAUCCUCAUGCCCGUGUGCACCUAAGAUUCGCUGAUUUCAUGUUUAAGAUUUUUUUAAAAAUUGUGUGUACAAGCAGUAAAUCAGAAAGUUAAAAUUAAGCUGAAAAUAAAGCCAACAACCGAUAAUUAGGUUUAACUACAAUAAUA